AUGCAGGUUACGUCAGGCAAGAACAGCGCACUCUAUUUAUCUUUCAAUCAGGACGGAUCCUGCAUCACUGUAGGGACAAAUAGGGGCUUCCGUGUGUUUAACACCGUUCCGUUCCGCCCUCUCUACGGCCGUGACUUCCCUGACGGGUGCUCUGUUGUUGCCAUGCUCUUUCGUUCGUCCAUCCUUGCUAUCGUCGGAACAGGCAUGAACUCGCGCUACCCGAAGGACGCGGUCACCGUCUAUGACGACCAGAGUGGAAGGACAAUCGGAGAGGUCCACUUUAGAACCCCCGUGCUCAACGCCUGCAUGACCAGAGAGAAGAUCUUCAUCGUCUUCGAGAACAAGGUAUUCGUUUAUAACUUAUCAGACAUGAGGCUUCUGGAUUCAUUUGACACUUAUCCCAAUCCUCACGGGAUCUUUUCCGUGGUUGGGGACACAGACGUCAUGAUCGCCACCCUUGGGCUUCGCAUGGGCGAGGUGCUUAUCAAGCGCUACUCAGCCAACAUGAGCGCUACGUAUCUGGUCAACAUCUGCCACGAGAAUGAUAUUCGUUGCCUCAACUUCUCUCUCGAUGGACGCUUCAUUGCCACGGCUAGCUCCAAGGGAACUCUCAUUCGCGUUUGGACCACAGACUCCUUCCAAAAGAUCAAGGAGGUCCGACGAGGGAGUGAAAAGGCAGACAUCCAGUCGAUCGGCUUUUCGCCGGACUCGUCCAUCAUCGCUGUAACGUCGUCUCGCAAGACGCUUCAUACGUUUUACGUGAUGCAGCCUACCCAGAUGGCCUAUGGAAUGCAGCCCCAGAUGGCCGACAACAAGAAGCACAAGAUGCAGUUUAUGUCCACUAUUAACAAGUACUUCGACUCCGAGUGGUCGUUUGCGAAGAUAGCCCUGGAUGACCCUGUGUCUCUCUGCAGGUUCAUCACCAACGACUGCAUGAUUGUGGUCUGCGGAGAUGGGUCCUACUAUAAACUUAGAAUUGCAAAUAAUGCCAUUGAGAAGGAGAACUUCCUGAAUAUGCUGACGGAUUGA